GCGCGUUUGGAGGGGUCGUGAACGAGCCCGUAGCUGACGCACAGCUGAGCGUCCCCUCCCGGAAAAUAAGGAAGAAAGCCGAGGGAAAACAGAAACAGAGCAAAACAAACGUUAUCGCAGCAAACAUCAGCUAGAGUCCAUGUUGGCGUCACCAUGGUUGUGUGGCAGCUCGCAACCCUCCAGCACCUCAAUAAUUCUGGGUUUGGUCGUCCUUUUCCACGACACGGCCUCCAGCUGCUGUUCUGGUUCUCCAACCACUGCGUGUCUUUUGAACUGGAUAACUCUGUGGACAUCAUGAAGCUGGUCUCAGAGUGUCAACCGGAGAAAGGGGUUUACGGCUUCCACAAGUUUGGGAACGUGGAGGAACUUCUUCCUGUUCUCAUCAAACCUAAGAAGCAAAAAAGCACCAGACAGCUUGUUUACUUCGUGGUUGGAAAUCUGAACACACUGUCCUACCCGGAGUCCGCAGAUCUACCGGCGUUUGUGAGGGAAAACCACGGGGCAGACAGGAGCUCCAACAGCGACCGGCUCAUCAUCAGCUGCCAGGUGAAGACCAGGGUAGUGGAGAAGGUGUACGUCACAGAACAUGACGACGGAGACCUUGGAAGGUUCCGAUCCGACGGAACCCACGAGGUCAGCCCGGAACUGAUCCGGGUUCUACAAAACCCAGAGCUGGACCUCAGCUUUCUCCUCACUCAAAUCGGUUACUAUGACGAUGUAGAGAUGCUUCAGGAUACGGAGGAGAACGAUCCAUCUGGGUUAUUCUGCGAGGCCUUCAGCUACCAACUGAACUCUGAUCAGUUCAGGUCCAACAUCAGCACAGACGGGAGUGUUGUUUGUUACAACUCCACGCAGAAGAAGAAGAAAAAGAAAAGCAAAAGGAAACAAAAGCCUUUGAAUGCAACCUCCUGCCAAUCCGACUGGGAGCUUCGGUAUGAAGAUUAUUAUGACGAUUACAGGACAAGCUACAGCAGUGGAGCAGGAUAUGGAGCUGGGUACGGAGGAAGUUAUGGAGCUGGAUAUGGAGCUGGGUAUGGCAGCGGAGGUGGAGGAGGAUUUUCCAAGUUCCUAAAAACUCUCUUCAAAGUUGCAGCGAUUUACUUGGCAGCCAAAUGCUUCAGCUGGUUGAUAAGGAAAAUCUGGAGCGCAAACUGGGGCAAACAGCUUCUCCAUUUUAUUCCAGGUGGGACUCCUGGGUCUCAGAGCUAUCCACGUGCCCACGCCAUGCUGGAUUAUGUUUACUAAGGCUGAAC